AUGCCCCAGAGUUCGAGGCACAAAUCACAUAAACAUAGCAAACACAGUUCGAAGGAGGCUAAGGAUAAGGAUUGUUCGGAUUCUGAAGAAGAUGUAAACAUGAAGGAGAAAAGUAGCAGAUGUGAUUCGACGAGGGCUUAUCGAGAUUCUGCCAGUGGUGAGAAGCAUAAAAUUUCAUCGCAGGCCCGAAAAGGCAAGGAUGGUAAAGAUCUGAGUUGUGACGGGAAUGGUGAAGCUUCGGAGGAGUACAUGUCUUCAAAAAGGAGAAAAGAGAGGGCUCUCCUCAACAAGGAGAGGGCUGAUGUAAGUGGAAGAGUUAGUGGUGAUAGGUGGGAUGGGGCUGGAGAGGAGAGAGGGCGUAGUGAUAGGAAUCUGGAGAAGGAAAUAAAUAAAGUGGGAAGUUCAAAAAUUGACUUGAAGUUAAAGGGAAGUAAUAAUAAAGGGGAAAGUUUGAGAGUUGAGUCUAAGAGUAAGAGUAAAAGGCAUGAGAGUGGAACUGGGGGUGAGAGCAAGGAGGAGAAUGUGGAAUCCUUGGUGGUGGAGAAAGAUGAGAGUACGAGUAAAAGGGAGUCAAAGAGGAAAUCUGAGAGGACUUCUUCGGAAUGGAGAGAAGGGAAGGAAUUGAUGGAUAAGGAAUGCUGGUUGGACAAAGACAAGAAGGGUGGUCAGGAGAGUAAGUAUGGUGAUGCUGAGAUUAAGGCUAUGGACAGGAAUCUCGAGAACAAUCAAAGCUCACAGUUGGGGGAUUUUAGUGCAGAUAGACAGCGUAAACGUGGUAGAGAAAAUACUGCAUGGGACGUGCAAGAUGAUUUACGAAAUCCUGAAUUAGAGAAGGAACUUGAGAAAAGGAUGCGAAGGACAAGAGAAGGUUUUACCAAUAGAGAAAAUGAUGACAAACGAUUCUCCUCGAGAGGUCACUGCAGUAAGGAUGUGAAAUUCAGUGUCGAAAGGCAUAUGGGUGGAAGCUCUGGAGACAGGUAUGAGGGUGAUGGUGACCGAGAUGAUAGACACAGAAAUGGCAAGCACAGGGAAGAUGCUGACAAAGAGGUUAAACAUCGGGAUAUUAAGCAUCGAGAGGAUAGUGAUAAAGAAGCCAUACAUAUUGAUGAUAUAUAUCGAGAAGAUAGUAACAGAGAUGGUAGGCGCAGGGGUGAAAAGUAUCGUGAAGAUGGUGAGCGAGAAAACAGAUGCAGGGAUGAAAAAUAUCGGGAUGCUCCUGAAAGUGAAAGGGAUGGCCGAUGCAGGAAUGAUAAAUACAGUGAAGGUGCUGAAAGAGAUAGUAGAGACCGGGAUGAUCGUUAUCAUGAAGAUACUGGCAAAGAUGGUAGACACAACAAUGAUAGGUAUCAUGAAGAUGGUGACAAAGAUUAUAGACGCAGGGAACGUACUUAUAGAGAAGACAUUGGUAGACAUAAUAGACAUAAGGAAGAGAAACAUUGGGAUGAUAUUGAAAAGUACAGUCGGCAUAAGGAUAGAAAGCAAGGAGAUGAUUGUGAUAGAGAGAAAAGACACAUAGAUAGUAAGUAUGGUGAUGAGCGUGGUUCAAGAGAUCGUUUUGGUGACAAGUCUGACGCUAAGCAUUCAAAGGAUGAUGGUUAUGCUGGUGAUUGUCAUUCUAGGAAAUCAAGCAUGUAUGAUGAAGGUGUAAGCCAGGAUGAUGGAAUUGUCAGGUGUGGAGAUGAUCAAGGUUGGAGAAGAAGUGAUGAUGUAGAGGAUUAUGGUAAUAAUAGAAGUGCCCAGGAUCAAAGAUCUGAUGCUGAAAAGAAAUCAGCAGGCAGUGUGAGAAUGGACGGUCUUACUGAUAUAGGGAGGUCUACCUCUAGAAAUGUUGAUGUACAGAUUUCUUCUAGCCAUAGUAGACGACGCAGUUCUCCCAGCCCAAGUUUUCAUGCUACAAGGGAGCACAACAGGCUUUCUAAUGAAAUCAAGUAUAGCGAUUAUGCUCAUGAAGAGAAAUUUCAGGACAAGAUAACUUCUACUAGAGAUUAUGCUAGUUCUUCUGGAGGGGCUGAGAAGAUUUCAUCAUCUCAAUCCCUGGAGAAACUUGGUCAAAAAGACAGCCAUCUCGGAGAGUUGUCAGCUGAAAGGCAUCUGAAAUCAGAUAUUCACACUUCAUCCCUGCAACCUGUAUAUAAGUCUCCAUCAUCAAGUGCUGAUCGGAGACACUUGAGUAAAUCUAAUGUAAGGCGGAGUCGUGACAUUGAAGACUCAGCACAGUGUAAUAGUGGUUCUAGGGAUGCAAAGGAUUACUCCGGUAAGGAGGGCAGGGGAAGUCGUGAGCCGUCCAUGGACAUUUUUCCUGGAGAUGAACUUUCACGAGCUGAUGGAGAUACUUUAUCUGUUUCUUCACCUUUUAGUAGAAAUAGCCAUUUAUCUAGCAGUGCCAAGUCAUUGCUGCCUCCUCCUCCCUUUAGGACGGGGAUGGAUAGCCGUCGUAGGAGGAUUGGGGAACCUAAUGUCGGAAGGGUUCAAGGAAAUGCAUGGCAAGGUGUUCCAAACUGGCCUUCACCUGUAGCAAAUGGUUUCAUUCCUUUUCCACAUAUGCCACCUCCCAUUGGUUUUCAUUCCGUGAUGCAGCCAUUUCCAGUUCCGUCAGUAUUUGGUGUCAGACCUUCAAUGGAUUUAAACCAUUCUCAGAAUCUGUACCAUAUGCCUGAUGCUGACAGAUUUUCUGGCCAUGGGCCGCCCAUGGGAUGGCAUAACCCGGUGGAUGAUUCACGUCCUCUCCCAUUACAUGGUUGGAAUGCAAGUAAUGCUGUCUUUAGUGAUGAAUCUCACAUUUAUGAGAGGCCAGACUGGAACCCUUCUAGGACCCUUCCAGGUGGUCAGGGCUGGGAGACAAGUGGAGAUUUGUGGAACGGCCCUAACAGAUCUGCAAGCAUGGAGAGGCCAUCUUCUUCCGAGAAACAGAAUAAUUUUGUUCGAGGCGUUGACGAAGUUUCAGCUGGACAGAAUGAGCAACCUCAACGUGAUCAGCAGGCUGAUGGUGCUCACAUUAGUCAAUUGAGUGAUAGCUCUGAGAAGAAUGCUGAUGCUGAAGCUCCCCAUAUUAGCGAAGAAGAGACUCGUAAUCUUGCUAAAAUGUCAAGAAAGGAUGAUGUACAGUUUUGCCAUGUGUACCUUUCCAAGCUUGACAUUUCUGCAGAUAUUACCGAACCUGAGUUAUUUAAGCAGUGGGCAAGCAUAGUAGAUACAGAUCAAAACAUAAUAUCUGAUUUAGAAGAUUCUAAAAUUCUAUACAUGGAGCAAGCUGUGGAAACUCAAGCGGUGUCUCCAGGAAAAACUUCAACUGUUCCACUGUUUGCUGUAAAAAGUGAUUUUGUCUUCCGGAAAGCAAUGUCCCAUUAUAAGCGGCAGACAGAAGUCUUUAGAGUUGUAAAUGAAGAGAAGCUCUCACUUUUGAGUGUGAAGGUCGAGUCAAUUCCUAAAUCAAAUCAGGAGGAAUUGAAUGUAGAGAAUGAUAAAGUUGAGGAGCAGUCUCCGGCCGAUGAUAUGCAAGACAUUGAGGAUGGUAUUCCAAACUCUAACGAGAAGUUCGAACAUCGAAAUUGUUCUCCGAUGGUGGAAGGGAGUUCUAGGGACUUGCAUCAGAAGCUCGGUUUACCUGUUAGUAUGAAAACGGAGAAAUCAGGAGAGUUGAUUCCUGGCUUGGACCAUGUAAACACGGAUGUGGAUAUGGAUUCAAACCUGGACCCACAUGAGCAUAUUGCUGAGAAGAACCAAUUGUCUGUGGAUAACAAAGGAUCCGAUACUCAUUUGCUUGCUGGGAUCAAGGAGGUGCCUACAGAAUCUGCAGGUAAUAUUCAGGAACUGAAGUCGGGUCAUACUAAAUGUGGUACCUUACUUAAUUCUGAUGUGUCUGAAGCAUGUGAGGGAAUAAUGCCAGAGUCGAAUGAGUCCGGGUUAGUAAAUUUAAAUCAGUUACAUAAUUCUCCUGAAAGUACACGUUGA